GGCAGUGUACUGUACGAAGUGUCCCAGUUCCGAAGCUUAGUACACGAUGUCGAUGUACAACUUCAAAUUAUACUCGGCAACGACGACCGAGCUUGGAAUUGUCAAGAUGUCGAAUAAACCAAGCCGAGCAGCUCCUCCUCCUCCAGUACCUAGCCACGCAAAAAACGAUCGAAACAAUAACAGCAGGAAUCAUCAGCGGCAAGCGAGAGACGGUGUGGCUAAGAUUCCAACCGUCAUUCGGCCAAAAAUGGUCGAAACACCAAAGAAAAAAGCUCCACCCCGGCCGCCCCCGCCCCUCAUGGAUGCCUCAUUUGUACCUACUAGAACCUCAUCUCUGAAUCGGGGCGUCCCGCCUCCGGUUCCUCCGCCGCCAAUAAACAAAUCCUCAAAGCAACGCGGGCUUCACAUCAAUACCAAAGCCCUUAGGAAAGUCAAAAUUUUCGGAAAAUCUUCAUCGAAAUCGGCUUCUUCCAAUGCGAACGGAGAGUUUUUCACCGCGACCAUGGGGAACGGCCGCUUUGGGGGGAGCUACACCAACCAAGCCCUGUCUCAGCCGACUCGGGGGAAGAAGCAAGCUCCGAUGCCGCCGGCGGGUUCCACGAAUUUUUCCGCCUCACAAGUCGCUACAGGAACUUUGAUAAGUUUCGAUACGCCGCCGACUUCCCCAGGCUGUGUGGCGCCAUCAAAAACUAAUGGAUCGUCUAAUGUUCAGAGUUUGCUCGAUAUGGACUUCCCUGAGCCGAGUAGAACGGGCGGAGCGUCGCUGUUGGACAUGGAUAUUCCUCCGAUGAUCUCAACGAGUCUAUCAGUGGACAAUUUCGGCUCGUCGCCAUUCGAUCCCUUCAGAAGCGAACCUCGAAGAAAAGCUUCGCUUCCGGUCACGACCUCGAAACUCAGUCAACCCGUCAUGAGAACUCCAGAAGCCCUGGGGAGAAUAAGUCAAAUCCGAGAAGAAUGGUCUACACCCCACGAAAACUCCCCACCUCCCCCUCGAUGUCCGGCGCCGCAAUUGAAUCCGUUGGAUACGUCCGUGGUGACCACUCAACCUUGCGCAAUGGCUCUGGCUGACUAUACGAAUCCGAAAAAGGGAGAACUUUCUUAUAGUCAAUACGAGCUGAUCGAGCUCUUGGCUGAGCACGACGAUUUCUAUUAUCUUGGACGAUUGGACGAUCAGGACGGACUCGUCCGUAAAGAUGCCGUCGAGGUCCUUACGCCUCUCGAGGAUUCGCAACAGGACUCCGAACCAGAAAGCCAGCAAGACUCAGGAUACAGACAUCGGCCUUCGAGUUCGACGAGCACUGGUGAUGCGACAACUACGACGAGGGCACCGCCUUCAUUGCGGCAGAAGAACGGGGUUCCUCUCUCCGAUGUCAACUACGAAAUUCUGAGAGGCUGCGUGUCCUCAGCAGCGAAAGCCGCGUUCUGA